AGUUGGUGUUGUUUUACGCGCCUGCGUCGCUCUGUCAUUUGCUAAUUUGAAUUUCGAACGUUCUAAACCGGCCAAUCGCGUUCGAUUGGACGUUUGAUUUCUUUUUUUCGCGUCUACAGUGUGUUCCGUUAGUGCCUGUGCUUGUGACAUUGCCAAGACCGUGUGUUGAUGACAUCAAUUUGUGAUCUUUUAUGCCAGAAGGUCGGAUACAUUCUCACAUGUUCAGAUAAGGAGAGUCGUCACUUGAAUUGAAGAACCAACCAACGAAGUAACUCCUGCUGUCAAUACUAUUCAAUCUCAUCUGUACUAGCUAUUACAUCUUUUCCUGUUAAAUUAAGGAGGUAAAUAAACACACGCCACAAAGAAGCCACCUGUGCAGAUUAUUGACCCAGUCUCGGUCGACCACCGGAAACAUUAUGCCAUAUAAAACAUCUACUAUCUAAAGCGGACCUGACUCGCAUAGCUCGUGGGCAUUUAAUUAUGUCAGGUUAUUAGCACAGGGCAACGAUGGAAGAAGUGACAUCGCGACCUAACGUAGAGUACAUCCCGCCUCUACCACCCAAAAUGAAGCACAAGAGCUCCACGUUAACACAAAUCACAAAUGAUGAGAAUAUAAACGGCUACAGUACUACAGAUGGCCGGUCCAUAGACUCUCUAAGUUCGAUGCACUCACUCGUCCUUAAUUCUAAGACCCCUUCAACGGUAUUCAUAGCGGCGCCACAACCAGAUAGACCUGCGAAUACACUUAGCUCGGACGCACCAACCAACGGUCCACAUGUCGUUACAAUCAGAAUCAACACGGACACAGACAAACCGAAAGUACCUAAAAUAUCAAGUGUGCAUCUAAAAAGCGAUAUAGAUUUCGAUACAUUCAAUAAAUUAAACGAUAGGAAGAAUAACAGUCUUGUGAGAAUCAAUGUAGAGGAGUCGCGGCCGAAAUUAUUAGAUAAUGAAGACCUCAAAGAUAGAGCUCCAUACAUAUACUGCAAUUCGUAUGUAAACUCUAUGACAAAUAUGGUAAUGUCGAGCGGUCAGUGCUCCCCGAGCGAUACACUUGAUUCAGGGACAUGCAGCGAUCUGGACGGAACGCCACCGCCGUUGCCCAAGAAGAAGAACCUUAAAACUACAAAAAAAGCCGUGUCCAUAACGGUGAUCAAUUCAAAAAAUGGUAGCAGCCAAGGUGAGGUAGACUUCGAAGAUAACGAUUCGAAUAUAUCAUGCGAUUCUCUCAAUAGUAGCGAAUUAAAUGGAAGCGUGCAUACUGAGGAAAAUCAUGUCGAAUACAUAAGUAAAAAAGAAAAACAACAGACGCCAGAACCACCUGUUGCACCUAUGAUGCCGUCAUUUAUCACCAAAUCGAAUAACAAAGAUAGCUUUCUACCGCAAGGUUUGCUUCAAGAUAUACGAGAUCGCACAGUAAAACUGAAUACCGUUGAAACUGAAAGUGAAGUGGGCGAGCAAGAGGACACGAGCCAGAAUAACAAUGUAAAUGCAAAUACACCAGAAGAAAGUGCACUUACUUCGUUCCGUCUAGUUUCACAGCUUAAUGGCAAUGUACAAAAAAUUGACGAGAUUCAGUCAAUAACCACGAACCUGUAUAAGGCUCCAUUAAUUACUGAGAGCACAUAUGAAGAGAGGAAUAACCAGGAUAAGAAGAAACAAGAAAAAAUAUGUUACAGCAGUCAUUACUUUGAUACGGACAAGUUUUAUGAUUUCCACUUAAACGAGAAACAGUUCGAUGAAUCUAAACCAGUGAAAAGUGUUAGUGUGAGUGCAAAAAGUGAGUGUGACGAUGGAACCGAAGUCGAGUUCUUCGCUGGUAUAAAGGAUUACAAAAACGAGGAAGCGCCAUCGACCAUAAAAAGUUCAAAGGGGACGAUCCGCGGCGUUAAGAACCGCGUGAGAGCCGGCAUAGCAACCUUCCUGCAGAUACAGAGCACGACUAAGAGCUACAAAGAGAAAGAUGCUGGCAAGGUCGUUAUCUACACCACAACCAUGGGCAUUGUCAGGAGUACUUACCAACGGUGCGUUCUCGUGAAGAAGAUUCUCCGCAAUCUCCUGGUGAAGUAUGAGGAGAGAGACGUGUUCAUGAGCACGGAGUACCAGGAUGAGAUCAUGGACAGGAUGAAGAGCGAUCAGAUAUUGGUGCCGCAACUCUUUGUUGAUGGAUAUCAUAUUGGGGACGCUGAUACAGUGGAGAAGUUGAACGAGUGUGGAGAAUUAAGGAAAAUGUUGAAACCUUAUAAGAGUCCAGACGCCUGCAACACCUGUCAAGUCUGCGGCGGCUUCAGGCUGCUCCCCUGCAGAAUCUGCAACGGCUCCAAAAAAAGCCUCCACAGGAACCACUUCACAGCUGAGUUUGUAGCUCUGAAGUGCAUGAAUUGCGACGAGGUCGGCCUUGUUAGAUGCGAGGCAUGCUCUUGAAUGGAAUUUUCUAGAUUCUCUUCAUUGAGUACAUUCGAAAGUCAAUACAGUUCAAUCACUUAAUGUAAAUAUAAUUUAGUAAUUAGUAUGUACGUAAUAUUUUUAAAUACGAGUGUAAACGUUUUUUGUUUUAAUGAUAAUGAUGGAAUGAUGAAAUGAUAAUUCCAUCUCAACUAAUUGGUGCUGGAGCACUAUUGAAAUAUUUAAAAGAUGAUGAAGUCAGGUAAAUUGUUUAUUGAAAGUUUUCCCGCUUCUUAUAAUGGUAUUUCGUUGUACGGAACCAGUGAAAGUGUGAAACUGAAAUCAAUUAGGCCAAUCAGCCCAUGGUGAUAAAUUCACCAGGAGGUAUCCAGGCAGGAAGUACGGUGGUAGACCUAAGCGGU